CUGACCUACGUCCCACUGGAUGACAACAGGGACAGGAACUUGUCAUACAUUAAGAUCUUUAACGUGGGCAGCAGGUACCUGGUGAACCGGGUACAGGACCACAUCCAAAGUCGGAUUGUCUACUACCUGAUGAACAUCCACGUCACCCCGAGGUCCAUCUUCCUGUGUCGCCACGGAGAGAGCGAGCUCAACCUCGUGGGUCGUAUCGGGGGAGACUCAGGGCUGUCACCUCGCGGGGCAAAGUUUGGCAGUUCUUUGGGGACCUACAUGCGGGGUCAGUGCAUCAGCGACCUGAAGGUUUGGACGAGUCACAUGAAGAGGACGAUCCAGACCGCCGAGGCUCUGGGGGUCCCCUACGAACAGUGGAAGGCCCUGAAUGAGAUAGACGCUUGUGUGCAAGUGAAGCUGAGCAGUCCGGACUACGUGGACUGUGACAAAGAGGAGGCUGUGGCCGACUUUCUGAAGAGGAUCGACUGUUACAAGCUGACCUACGUCCCACUGGAUGACAACAGGGACAGGUGA